AUGAUGGCAUGGUGCUGUAGUAAUGCUGCCGGCCUUGGUCCGAAUGGCACGCGUUGUCGUUGUCUUCAUCAUCGUCGACCCGCACCAGCGGCGGAGGCUGAUUUCGCGAUACCGCGCUCGCGAUGCUCGUGGUGGUCGCGGCGCUGCAUGUUGGAAGAAUAUUGCCCUCACUCUUCGGGCCUUCCUUUUGCUCUUCUUGACGCUCCGAUAUUCCCCCCUACGAGCCCAAUUCAGGCGCAUGGUCCUUCCACAGCACUAGGCAUUCCUGUUCAACGUUCCUUGUCCUGUGCCUCAGUAUGCUUCUUCAUGUUCCGAGGUGCUUCGUCGCCUUCGCAGAGGUGGUACGGCUUGAGGAGUGAUACAUGGAGGGUGUCGUGGAUCGCUCACUGCGGUAGAAGCCAUAACUCGCUGGCCUGCGACGCGGUGCGGGCUUUGGACGCGUUUUGCCAUUGGGUGAUGGGUUCUUGCGUCAUUGGCCUUCCGAUACGCCUGAGCGUCUUCGUUCUCGCGGCAGGAGGUUUGCAACCGGCUUGGGCCGGGCAGCGUCGCGAUGAAUGGACCCAGUACUCCCUUUUGGCGAAACUGCAUCUGGUAAGAAGCGAAGAUGUCACCGUGCGGAAGAUGUAUCAGCGAUGCACCGAGAAGCUUGUGCUUACGAUGGUACUUCUUCGGGACAAGACCGAUGCCAAGAGAGCCGAGAAGCCAAAGUAUGAGAAACUUGCCCGCGCAAGAUGGCCGUCCUUGACCACCAGAUCGAUGCGAAGAAAGCCACCGGGUCAUGCGUCUAGAUCGCACGUCCGGGUACUUGACGUUGGUGAGCCGGUCCGGUCCGACGACUCUGCUCUCCCAUAUACAGAUCUGUACCAAAUCGACGCUCUGCACCCUGACGCCCGCCAAGCCAACAUCAUCGACAUGCGCCGCUUCUUCCGCGGGACAUACGCAAUGGAGAGCAGCCCUCGACCGCCCUGUUCACCGCUCGCUGGAAGAAGACGGAUGCCGCCACAAGGCACGGGAACACCACCAAUAUGCGACGUUUGGAUGACGAAUUUCCUCUUCCAAGAUCAUCUUCGAGGGCCCAUGAGGCGACCAGCCUUGAAUACCAGGAGGGAGAAUCACAUGGAAGCAGACAUCAAGGAUAGAAGUGCUCAAUUCAACCCGACCUACACCACUACGGCCAGGGAGACUCCGGCGCAGCUGGUCAAACAGUCCGUUUUACGUCCACAUCCUUUCAUGAAACUGGAGACACCCUCAUCUAGAGAGAAUGUUCGUUCCACGCUUCUCGGGUUCCCAUGCGAUUCAUUCUCGUCGACGGAAGGUUGUCUUCUGGGAUCGCUGCUGUCAGGCAGAUCUCAUGCGCAUAGCCUGACCGCAAGACAGCUCGAAGCAGUCAGACUGCAGGACGAGCAGAUGAAAUCUACCUUACAGAACUCGGCUUCUAGCUUUGAGCCGUCCGCCAGAGGCGCUCCAACAACCACCAGUCCAACCACUCUCCUCCUUUAUCUUCGCAUCAAGCUUGCGGCUCAGCUCUGGCGACCCGGAGGCUUUCUCAAGCGUUGCUCAGAUAUGAGACCUCAGCUCAAGAUCACUUCGUCCGUGGGAUCCGUCAUCGAUGUACCGCGCAGCACUGAGUGGACCAAGUUGUUCGAGUUUCGGGCAAGUAUUGAAGAUGCCACCGUUCGGGAUUAUUGA